AGGGGAGUGUACUUGUUAAACAACAAAAAGGAGAAAACAGAGGGUGAGGAAUUCGACAUGGAAGGAGAUCGCAAUGACAGACUAUUGAAACAUCUGGAUAUUGAUGACAAUAAACGAGGCGGACCCACCGUGUUUUUGUUCAAAAGCAACGGAAUUUCAAGUGGAGCUGAACCGAUAAAAGCCACCAUGAAAACAGAGCUGACAGAACACAACAUAAAAACAUUCUUCUUUGAACAAGUUCAGAAGAAGCUCCUUGAAGAAACCACGGCGAAGAAACGCAAAGCGACCAAACGAUCUGAGACGAUACCUCCAAAUUGGAGAGCUAAAAAGAUCAAGCACAUUGUACGGGAAACGCUGGAGGAAUGGGUAUCUGGAAGUAAAGCAGCAGUUCUUAUCCUGAUCUGUCAUGAGACUGUAUCAAGCACGCUUACUAAACAGUUCUUAUCGAUAGCAAAGAUAGAGAAGAAGUACGCGGGCGAGGUCGAGUUUGGUAAGCUUCACACAGGACUUAACGAGCUGGAUAUAACUUUACCCAACAAGGGGGUUGUUAGGGUCAAGAGGGAGAGUGAUGGUCAGAUAUCAGCAGAGGUCCUCAGCAGAACGAUAGACAGCAACCAGCUUGCUAACUUCAUCUCUUCUGUUCUUCAGAAGGAGGAACUGUAGGGUAGACAGUCCUUAGGAGAAAUUAGCAAGUCUUCCUAUCUUCGUAUCGGUUGUACGUGACAUCGUUGUUCCUAUAAGUUGAAUUAUAUAUAAGUGAGUUAUAUAAGUAAAUGGGUUGGUUUAUAGGAAAAGGAUAUUUUUAUUAAUUUAUGGUUGGUAUUUAAGUUUUUUUAUUGAUGAUCUUCUGAUAAGGUUAAUAUUGAAGUAAUCACAGUUAGUUUUUACCGUUUUAUU